AUGCAACAAAUCAGUCUCGACCCAUCCCUUGUCUCUCAGGCAUCUGGAAAGGUUGUACUUGUCACUGGUGGCGCCAACGGUAUCGGAGCAGCCACAGCCCAGCUCUUCAACGACAACGGCGCCAAAGUAGUGCUAUCCGAUCUGGAUGCAGGCCGGAAUGCUGCAGAAAACCUUAUACGAGGAUUCCCCCACCCGGAAAAUGCGUUAUUCAUGGCAGCUGAUAUCCUCAAUUGGCAGCAGAUGACUGCACUCUUCAAGCGCGCUGUGGAGCAUUUCGGAGCUAUUGACAUCGUCAUCGCUAAUGCGGGGACGAUGGAAUCGCUGCCUGUCUUAGACCUAAACGAUGUAGAUGUGGAUGGAAAUCUAAAAGAAUCCACAGAGGGGUUUCGAGUAAUUGAUAUUAAUAUUAAGGGGACUCUAAACACCUUGCGACUCGCUCUCCAUCAUAUGAAAACCAAACAAUCGCCGUCGGGAUCUAUUGUUCUCAUGGCCUCAACGUCAGGGUACUUUGGUGGCACGGGAGUAACGGCCUACGUAGCUUCUAAGCAUGGCGUCGUGGGUCUGUUACGAGCGUCACAGAAUGUCGCUCAGCAAUAUGGGGUUCGGGUCAAUGCUGUUGCCCCAUUCUUUACGCCCACGCGACUUACUGCUGGGUUCGCGCACUGGUGGGAGGAAGCCGGGCUUGAGGCUAAUACUCCCCAACGCGUGGCGGAGACUAUUGCGUGCGUCGCGAUGGAUGAAAGUAGGAAUGGGUCCAGUGUUCUUGUGGCUGGGAAAUAUCUCAGGGAAAUGGAGCCUACAAAAACGGGGUUAGUCCCGCAGUGGAUUGGCGAAGACGUUGCUGCAUUUAUGGCAAGGGCGAUGCGUUUAUGGACAUAG